UGAUUGGCGCGUGCGUGAGGAACGCGAACGUGAGCGCUAGGGAUGUGGCACGUGACACCACGACGACCAAUUAACUUGCCGCUUUGCCGCAGAUAAUGGACACUGACGGAAAAUGAUUGGUCGCUGCAUACGUGUAAAAGCAGAAUCUUUUUACCUUGUGUCGGCAAUGAAGUUUUUGGCGCGUUUCUGUACGACCAACGGAGCUAUGCGUUUCAACGCGCAACGUUGUUUAGCCAUUAUUCCCGAAAAUGGCGGCCGUGUUGGACGAGGUUGGCAAAUCGGCCGAAAAACUUGUGGACGAGGAAAAGGAGGAGCUUGUCGACGAAGAGGACGAGGUCGGAGCAGCGGAGGCCUCAAAGAAGAAGAAGAAGAAGAAAAAGAAGAAGAAGGCCGGUGCUGGAGAAGCUAGUGCAGAUGUUCCAGAAGGAGAAGAAGAUAAAGCGAAGGAAGAUGAUGUCACGGUUGAAGGUACUACAGAGACAGCCGAGAACGACGGUGAAAACGAGGAAGUCAAGAAGAAGAAAAAGAAGCGCAAGUCCAAAGGAAAAGGUGGUGCGAAGCAGCAGACGGAUCCACCAACGAUUCCUAUGUCGGAAUUAUUUCCGGAUGGCAAUUUCCCCAUAGGACAAAUAAUGGAUCAUCCGCCUGCGGCAGGAAUAGAUGAUAAAAUGGCAAAGAAUCGCUUCACGAGUGAAGAGGCACGUGCUCUCGAUAGAAUGCACAAUGAUAUCUAUAACGAAGCCAGGCAAGCAGCUGAGGCACAUCGACAAACCAGAAAGCAUAUCAUGCAAUGGGUAAAACCUGGAAUGACCAUGAUCGAAAUUUGCAAUGAGUUAGAAGAAACCGCACGGAAAUUAAUCGGGGAGGACGGUCUCAAGGCCGGAUUGGCAUUUCCGACUGGGUGCUCUCGCAAUCACUGUGCAGCCCAUUACACCCCAAACGCUGGCGAUCCGACCGUAUUAGAAUACGAUGACGUUACCAAAAUUGAUUUCGGUACACACAUCAACGGGCGCAUCAUCGAUUGUGCAUUCACCCUGACGUUCAAUCCAAAGUAUGACAAACUGAUCGAGGCUGUUCGCGACGCCACCAAUACCGGUAUCAAGGCCGCUGGAAUUGACGUACAAUUGUGCGACGUUGGUGCCGCUAUUCAAGAAGUUAUGGAGUCGUACGAAGUAGAACUGGACGGCAAAACGUAUCCGGUGAAAUCAAUUAGAAAUCUGAACGGUCACUCUAUUGCGCCGUAUCGCAUACACGCCGGGAAAACGGUGCCGAUAGUCAGGGGCGGCGAGGCGACUCGGAUGGAGGAAAACGAGUUCUACGCGAUCGAGACUUUCGGAUCUACCGGCAGGGGUGUAGUCCAUGACGAUAUGGAAUGUUCGCACUACAUGAAGAGCUUCGAUGCCGGUUUCGUGCCAUUGAGACUGCAGAGCAGCAAGUCUCUCCUCAACACGAUCAACAAGCAUUUCGGUACCUUGGCCUUCUGCAAGCGUUGGUUAGACCGCGUCGGUUGCACGAAGUACCAAAUGGCGUUGAAGGAUCUCUGCGACAAAGGUGCCGUGGAAGCGUACCCUCCACUGGUAGACGUUAAAGGUUGCUACACCGCUCAGUUCGAGCACACGCUCGUUCUGCGCCCCACGUGUAAAGAAGUGAUUUCCCGCGGAGACGAUUACUAAACGGUUGCUAUUUUACACGAAUUAUUUUGGAAUAAUGGAUGUAUUUCACUCUCGACGUAACUAUGUAAUAUCAUCGUCAGAGCAUUAUACUGUUUGAUCGUUGUCGUAUCAUGCGCACGAUAAAUGCGCAUGAAUAAGAAUCAUUGCAACACGUUAGCGGUAUGACAUUCUUAAGUGUAAUGCACUGUCCGUGAUUUCGCCGCCUCAAGUGUAAGAGAAGCACCAUGAGCUUUAAAUCCGUACGACAAGGGUGUCGACGAUUUCUAUUUAUUAAAUAUCACAGGUACAUUCGUAUUGCAAAUGAAAAGUAUUCUUUGCAUUUCUCUCCUUCCUUGGUUUUUUUUAAAAUUCGUGUAGAAAUUCUGUAAAAAUUCUGUAAGAAAAGAAUUGGUAGUUUACAUCUGCUCUGUUCUCCGCAACAUUCUUUUUUAUUCAUUUUAUUAUUGAUUUCUUACACACUAAAAUAAAAGCGACGAGGAAUGAUACUUGGUAUUGAAUAAAAUAUAUUUUGAAUUCGA